CUGAACAGGACGCUCAACUCUGGAGUAUGCACCUGGGGGAAGAGAAGAUAUUAGCGCCUGGAGACAGCUUGUAUUUGUAAUUUAUGCGCUUCAGUGCAAAGGGCAGUUUCCGGGUAUCAGCCCUCUGUUUUGGGAACAUUUGCUGUGCAUCUUUUGGGAUUUCUCCGCACCUCCUGUCUUUUAUUUGUGAUAACUUACAUUCCAUAGUAAAUUAAUCUACAAAAAUCCUGCAGCCGCAACUAGAACAUGGAGUCACACAGAUAACAAGGGUGAAGUCUUUGCUGAAGAGAAGUUGAGCUCUGUGCUCAGUUUCAUCAGAGUCACUUCCUGAUGAUGACAGUAAACAUGGAUGACGGUCUUCAAAAUGGACCCGGACAGCACAGAAACUUGCAAGAUGACGAAGAGGCACUCAACUCCAUCAUGAAGGACCUGGCAGCCCUGGGUCGCCGCUACACCCAGCACAACAAGCCCAAGCACAGAACCUUACUCUACAAACAGGAUUUAAGAGUCAAGCUGGAGCAUGAAAGAGAAAAACGAAUCAUCCUGUUCCAGAGGCCGCUGAAGAUCAAGGAGCUGCUGCAGAAAGUGACUGAGGCCUUUGGCCAGCAGAUGGACAUGUUCUUUAUGGAGAAAGAGUUGCUGCUGCCCCUGAAGACUCAGGAGGACCUGGAUCAGGCGGUGCUGGCAUUGGGGUGCAGCUCGGGGACCAAUGGGCUUCUCAGGAUACUACUUAAGACCCCCAAGAAUAACCAUUACCUACAGGUAAACAGCAGGGACAAACAGAGCGAGAUGAGGUCAUCACGGUCACUCGGAGAUUUAAAAGGCACCUUGCUCAAGGGCUCAGAGAGGGUGCGCAAACACUCGACAGGUUCCCUGCACACAGGUCGGACGUCCCCGCCUCCAGGCAGCGUCCCUGAGGAACAGCAGCAGAUUGCUCGCCAGGGCUCCUACACCAGCAUUCACAGUGAAGGGGAGUUCAUCCCAGAGACCUUGGACCAAAAUAUGCCGGAUCCCUUUGGAAGCACUGACAAUUCACUGUCCAACUGCUGUCAAUCAAUCGAUGAAGCACUGGACAGCCCUCCUUUCUCACAGAACGACCGUGACAAUAAUUACCUGAACAUCAACUAUGAAUACAAAGGUCGCCAUGGGAAAGGAGGGACUUUCCCUCGUCAGUUCCAGUUGGCCAAUCGCAGCAAGGAUUAUGGAGACCGUCGCAGGACACUUCCACGGAGCUUUAUGCCGGCAGAGAACCUGUUCCAGUUGGUUCCCUCCAGUCGCACACGCAGUUAUAAUGGAGACAGCACCCUGCAAUAUAGCGACCUGCGCUCACUGGGCCGGACCACUGACAAGGGCUGCCAGCGUGGUACAGCCAAGUGCCCACGUGCACCAGUGAACUGGCGACAGGGAAAGCUCCUGGGGCGCGGGGCAUUUGGGGAGGUCUAUCUUUGCUAUGACGCUGACACAGGGCGUGAGCUGGCCGCCAAACAGGUGCCCUUUGACCCCGACUGUCAAGAAACCAGUAAGGAGGUGAAUGCUCUCGAGUGUGAGAUUCAGCUGCUGAAGAAUUUGCGUCAUGAGAGGAUUGUUCAGUACUAUGGUUGUCUUCGGGACCAUGACCAGAGAAAACUCACCAUAUUUGUGGAGUUUAUGCCUGGGGGCUCCAUAAAGGACCAGCUUAAAGCCUAUGGGGCUCUGACAGAGAAGGUGACAAGGAGAUACACCAGACAGAUUCUCCAAGGAGUCUCCUACUUGCACAGCAACAUGAUUGUACACAGAGACAUCAAAGGCGCUAACAUCCUGAGAGACUCCUCUGGGAACGUGAAGCUAGGGGACUUUGGAGCCAGUAAACGUAUCCAGACCAUCUGCAUGUCUGGUACUGGGAUCAAGUCUGUCACUGGCACCCCCUACUGGAUGAGCCCAGAAGUCAUCAAUGGGGAGGGAUAUGGACGGAAAGCUGAUGUAUGGAGUGUGGCCUGCACUGUUGUGGAGAUGUUGACCCAAAAACCUCCAUGGGCUGAGUAUGAGGCCAUGGCAGCCAUUUUUAAGAUUGCCACCCAGCCUACAAAGCCCAUGCUUCCAGAGAGCGUGUCUGACACGUGCAGGGACUUCCUGCGGCAGGUUUUUGUGGAGGAGAAGUGUCGGCCCACUGCAGAUGUUCUGCUCAGCCACCCGUUUGUCCAGGGCUGUUUCUGAGGCCUGCAGAAAUCCCUCCCCUCCCUUGCCUUGUGAGGCCUCCACGGCCCCAGCAACCUUCCCUCCUCUCUGGCCUGCCCCGUCCCCAGGGACCCCUCAUCACCAGGCUCCAGGGCUCACCACCACUCCGACUUCCUGCCCUGCCACCUAUCACCAGUGUCUGCCUUGUCAGGACCCCUGCAUUUCUCACCAACUAGCUCAACCAGGAUUAUUCACCGAGGGGCCAGGUUGACUGCUGUCAGAACUCUGGAGUCCUCCAAAGCAUCACAGCAAGGAGAGGACUGAAAAGAACACACUUAUCAAUCUCACAAGACACUGACUACUGCCCUUUAACAAGAGCAGGAAAAGUGACCCAAGGUAGAGAAAGGAGUGAAGUCAUCUACUGCCGCCGACCAGUGUCUAGGAUUGGCCAGACACUUUGUAAUUGUGAUUAACUGGUUACAUUGAUCACAUAUGGUAGUACUGUAAGUUACUCAUAAGCCUAAGUCAGCUGAGUGAAAUCAAGAUGGUAAAAUAUUUUUAUAUGACACAUAGACAUCUUAGCACAUUUGUUUUCUAGUGUCACCCAAAUGUAUUUUCAUCAAGGCCUUACAAUAAGAAUGUCUUUUUUAAAACAUCUUAGAGGGUUGCCGUUACCCUAUUUUGUCAGCAUUCACAACUGCAUUCAGAAGGACUUGCAUUGCACUUUUGAUAUCAUGCAGUGAAACAUGCAGGAUAUUUUUCUAUUUGAUGUAUUUUAAUAUUAUUUCAUAAAGAAGACUGUCUAGUUUGUUCCAGUGUAAAGAUGAAAAAACAAACUUUGCAUUAGUGUACAAUGACUGUUAAGCAAUACCAACAUUACUUUUGGAGCCUGUGACAUCCAUUCCAGCUUCCUAUACAACGAGCCUCACUCUGUUCAGAAGUGGCCAAAGAAAAGUUGCAUAGACAGAAGCUUUUUUUUAAAGUUCAUAAUUAGACAUGUUGGAUUGCUUUGUCACUAUAGCCAUCUCAAUGUCAUGGCAGCUUUACGCACAACAGACUGCAGAGACCAAACCAGAUACAUUGACAACAAAUUAUGUUACUAUAAGAAGACCAUGACAUAAGAACGAAGUGUCUCACUUGUGUUUAUUUUGUUGUAAUCCAGUCACCUCCUGCCUUUGCUUUGCUUUCCACACUAUAUGAAGGGGUCAGUUAAUUACCACUUGACAGCUGUAUAUAAUGUCAUGUGACCUAUAUGUCACCAAAUAGGGUCAAGCUGGGAAGACAGAGCUAAACGGUGUAUUCUUUAUAGUGGAGAUGAGAUGAAAAUCAGACUUGGGGGACUGAUGUUGGACAUUUAGUGGCUCGCUAUAAAUCAGUGGCACUUAAAGAAUGAUCAAAUCUGUUUUGACCCUUGUCAGUGCCUUAUAUGAAUGUGCUUGUAAACGGUGUUCACUGCCAAAGCAGAAAGCUUCUUGAUAAGGUGAGCAACUGUUUACUGAAGAUUUUAUAUGGAAAAAAGAUUAUACUGUAAAUACAUAUUGUUCUGCACUUUUGUAUGAAAUUUCUUUUACAUUAUAUAUAAAUCUGAUUUUAAAAAUGAUGUAAUACAGUAGACUGUACUGUGAUUUAGGAGCAUGUCUCUUUGAGAGCUGGUUGGCAGUAUGAAAAGUAUGGGAGGCUUUUGAUUGGGACCGUUCGUUCUGUCUUAAUGACAAAGUCUUGAAAGUAUCAAGUCACUGAUCUUUUGUACAUUUAACUUAUUAAAACA